AACUCAUUUUCUAUUGAUAAUCUUUUUCUGUCCUCUGAAAAGAAGAGAGUACCGAGGCCAAGACCAAAGACUUGGCAAAACCUCGGUUUUUUUUUUUUCGCACACAAAAAGUCUUCUGCUUCUCUUUAUGAUUCUCUGCUUAUCGCACAUGCCAUAUGCGAUCUUUCUCGAAGUGUUUUGUUGUAGGGAUUCGCAGUUUAUUGAUUUAAUUUGGACUGUUAGAUCAGGUUCCAGUCUCCGGCACUUGGUUUUCCGGUGACUUUGUUUUUUCUUUUUCUGGGUUUUGAGGGGACUGGGUUUAAUGAUUGAGUUUCUUCGAUUAAUGCGAGUUAUUUUGUCAGAGACAGUAAUGAGAGCUAGUAGGUGGGUAAAAGAAAAAGAGGGAUAUUGACUGGUUGCUGAGAAAGGGCAAAAGAGAAACUUUUUAUAAACAAAAUUUUCUUGGAAUAUCUGCUCUAAAUUUUCUCUUGGAACCCCAGAAGGCAAUCACUCAUGCCGGUUGAUUUGGAUAAUUCCUCUACAGCUUCUGGCGAGGCCAGUGUGUCCUCCUCCGGUAAUCAACCUCCACCGCCGAAGUCCACUGCCACCAAGAAGAAGCGAAACCUCCCCGGCAUGCCAGAUCCAGAUGCAGAGGUGAUUGCUCUUUCUCCAAAAACCCUCAUGGCCACAAACAGAUUCGUUUGUGAAAUUUGCAACAAAGGCUUCCAAAGAGACCAGAAUCUGCAGCUUCAUCGGCGUGGACACAAUCUGCCGUGGAAACUUAGGCAGCGAUCGAGCAAAGAAGUGAAGAAGAGAGUCUAUGUGUGCCCCGAGGUGACCUGUGUCCACCACGAUCCGUCCAGAGCUCUGGGCGAUCUUACUGGAAUAAAGAAGCAUUUCUGCAGAAAACACGGCGAGAAGAAGUGGAAGUGCGACAAGUGCUCCAAGAAAUACGCGGUGCAGUCCGAUUGGAAAGCUCACUCAAAAAUUUGCGGCACCAGAGAGUAUAAAUGCGAUUGUGGCACUCUGUUUUCUAGAAGGGAUAGCUUUAUCACGCACAGAGCGUUUUGUGAUGCAUUGACAGAGGAGAGUGCUAGAGCCCAGACUCAUCCUCAGAGUCGUAAUAAUCAAAAUCGAGCACCUCCGGUAAAUCUGAACCCGGAACCGGAGCCGGAGGCCAAGGUCGCCGAAUCGCCUCCAUUACCUUCAGUUCCAGCUACUGUUACAGCACCUGCUACAGUCCCAUCAUCUGUUUCUCAGUCAACUGGUGCAUCAUCCUCUGUUUUGCAAAUUCGAAGUCCAGUGCCUGAAAAUCCAACUCAAAUUGUCGAUGAUGGACCAGCGCCUGCAACAACAACAACUGGCUUUAAUGGAAGCUGUAGCGGCAGCACCAGCUCAGGAAACAAUGGGAGCACCAGCAGUACUCUAUUUGCUAGCUUGUUUGCUUCCUCGACUGCUUCAGGGAGCUUACAGCCUCCUCAGGUUCCUGCCUUUGCUGACCUAAUCAGAUCAUUUGGGCAUCCUGAUCACACUACGGAUCUCGCCCCAUCUUCGUCUGCAGAACCCAUCUCUUUAUGUCUUUCCACCAAUCCCGGGUCGUCCAUUUUUGGGACCGCAGGGCAGGAACGAAGAUAUGCACCACCACCGCAGCCAGCCAUGUCUGCCACUGCACUUCUACAAAAAGCUGCUCAAAUGGGUGCUGCAGCUAGUAAUGCUUCAUUGCUUCGUGGACUUGGGAUAGUUCCUUCUUCUUCAAAGGCUGCACAGCAAGAUAGUUUGCAAUGGGGCCAACGACAUGUGGAGGCUGAGAAUGGCACAAUUGCUGCAGGACUCGGGCUUGGGCUUCCUUGUGAUGGGACCUCUGGUUUAAAGGAAUUGAUGAUGGGAACUCCUGUGUUUGGCCCCAAGGAAACAACUCUUGAUUUUCUUGGGCUGGGAAUUGCUGCAGGUGGCAGCCCCAAUGGAGGUUUAUCUGCUUUAAUUACAUCGAUCAAUGGUGGCCUUGAUGUGGCUGCAGCAGCAGCAUCUUAUGGAGGUGGAGAAUUUUCCGGUAAGGAUAUUGGAAGAAGCUCGUGAUAUGAACCAUACUUCCUCCAUUUGUACAACGUACAGGUCAUCUGGUUGUAGAUAAUUGGCGUAGCAGGGGGAAAGCAGUCUCCGUGUAGCUAAGUAUGAAAUCUUCUUCGGCAAUCACGCUUUUUUGAUGUGUUGUUGGACUGGAGUUUGUCGAGAACUUCUCCGAGUGGCAUUGAACUAAGAUAGCCUCAAAUCUGGAUACUCUUUGCUUCUUUUGGACCUUUGGGGAUCCAAAUAUCAUUCGGCAAACUUGCGCAAAGAUGAUGGGUGUCUAAAAUCGCUGGCAUUGGAAGGAAGAACCCCUGCAAUUGUUUGAGGUCCAUGGAGCUGCAUUCUUUGUGUAGCAGAGUAGGAUAAAUUGUCAUCACUUGUUCUAUAUAUAUGUUCUGGCUGUAUCGAUUUGGAUAGAUCAAGUUAGACCUUGUUAUUUAUUUUGAUUCUCCUUCCCUGCUUCCCCUCUCGAGUUUUGCAGGUAGAGGAUCUGAAUUGAUCAAUUGUGGUACUCAUGUUUGAUUUUCAUUAUCAGAUGUUCAAUUAUUAUCUAUCUUUUGGUAAUGAACAAAGAACAUUAAUGUUCAACAGCAUCA